AAAAAAAUCAUCAAUUGAUACAUAAUUUCAUUCAAUAAUAGUACACUUCUAGUUCUCAUAAAAAAAAAAAGUUGCUUCAUUUUGUGAGUUGAUUAGAAAACAAUGGCCGAUGGCGAAGAGAAGAAGCACCACCACCUCUUCCACCGUCACAAGGAAGACGAGGAGCCUAAGGAUCCCGAACAGGAGUUGAAGCAUCACAAAAACCUUGGCCACAUUAGCAAGGCUACUGCCCUCGCCGCUGGUGCUUAUGCCUUGCAUGAGAAGCAUAAGGCGAAGAAGGACCCGGAGAACGCUCACCACCACAAGACAGCAGAGGAGAUCGCAGCCACGGUCGCGGUGGGGGCUGGUGGAUUUGCAUUCCAUGAGCAUCACAAGAAGAAGGAAGCCAAGGAAAAGAUCAAAGAGGGUCACAGCGGCUAUUAAACUUAAUUAAUGCUUUAAUUUGUGUUAUAAUCUAACUCUUAUAAAUAAUUUGUUGUGAAGAAAGGGGUGAGGACUUUCUUAAUUUGUUUCCUCACAUUUGUAAUUUGUGUCAUGAUUUUGCAUCGAUAUGUAAUUAUAAAAUAAUCCAAAAAAAAAAUCUUGUGCCUAUUAUA